AGCAGAAAACAGGAAAAUAAUCUACAAGGAGGGUUCAGAGGGGACUUCUAGCUUACAUUUGCUUGGACAAACAAGUAGCAGAAUGGACUAGUUCAGACAGGGACAUGUAGAGUUAUACAUUCACUUGCAUAUUAACUGUUGCAUGAUAACCUCAAACACUGGAUUCUUUUUGGUCUAAGAGAGAAGCCACAGAAUCUGAGUGAUGGGUUCAUAUCCAUUCCUGGCGUUCGUCCUGCUGUUUUCAGCUACUCUGUCCUCCAGUUGUGAUGGUGGAAAAGUACUGGUUUACCCUAUAGAUGGGAGCCACUGGCUUAACAUGAAAAUCCUGGUGGAGCUGCUUUAUUCUCAGGGCCAUCAAAUCACAGUACUACGUUCCUCCACCAGCUGGUACGUUUCUGAAUUCUCACCCCAUUACACCUCCAUCACCAUUCCCCAGGAACAGUCCCAAAACAUAGAGAGCCAAGCCUUCAUGACUUCUUUCUUGAAGAGGUCAAUAGAGAUCCGUCGGAGAAAAGGCUCACUAUGGGCGUUUCUGGACUUUUAUAGGAACAUUUUCAACAUGAUAGAGGAGAACCAGCAAGUUGUGGCAAAACUGGUUAUCAGCAUCUUUGAGAAUAAAACACUUAUUAGGGAGCUGAAGGAAACUGUAUAUGAUCUUUUUCUGACCGACCCUGCAUUUCCAGGUGGAGUGCUGUUGGCACACUAUCUCCAGCUUCCCUUGGUUUUCAAUGUGCGCUGGAUUUUCAGUGGGGAGGCCCACUUCGCCAUCGCUCCUUCUCCUCUGUCCUAUGUCCCCGAAUUGUUCUCCCUUCACUCUGACAAGAUGGACUUUUUUGAAAGAAUCGAUAAUAUAAUCCGUCAUAGCAUAUUGGUUUACAUGUACCACUAUGUCUCAAAUCCGCCGUACCAGGCUGUGUGCGAUCACUAUUUUGGACCUGAUGUCAACGUCAUGUCUCUCAUUCAGGGAGCUGAUCUCUGGCUAAUGAGGGCUGACUUUACAUUUGAGUUCCCUCGUCCCACCAUGCCCAACGUCGUCUACAUCGGAGGGUUCCAGGGUAAGCCCUCCAAGCCUCUUCCAUCAGAUUUAGAGGAAUUUGUGCAGGGCCAUAGUGAACAUGGGGUGGUGGUCAUGACUCUGGGGACCCUGCUGGGCGACCUCGGCCCUGAGAUAUCGGAGAUCAUUGCCUCAGCAUUCGCCAACCUCCCUCAGAAGGUUGUGUGGAGACACAUUGGGAAAAGACCCAUCACUCUGGGAAACAACACCAUGCUGGUUGAAUGGCUGCCUCAAAAUGAUCUACUAGGUCACCUUAAAACCAAGGUUUUUGUCACGCAUGGGGGUACUAAUGGAAUUUACGAGGCCAUCUACCAUGGUGUCCCACUUCUGGGCAUUCCUCUCAUCUUUGACCAGUAUGACAACAUGGUGCGUAUGAAGGCCCGGGGGGUGGCUGAGAUUGUUGACGUGACAACCUUGGAUGUUGAGUCUCUGACAAGUGCUCUGAAGAAUAUUCUAGAUCCGGAAAAGCCAUACAAACAGAAUAUGCUCAAACUGUCACGUCUUCUUCGUGACAAACCAAUAAAACCCACAGACAGUGCCAUUUUCUGGAUGGAGUACGUCAUGAGGCACAAGGGCGCAGCACAUCUGCGCACUGAGUCAUAUAAGUUGCCAUGGUAUGCCUAUCACAGUCUAGAUGUGAUGGCAGUCUUUGUAGCAUUUAAUUUGCUGAUCAUCGCAUUAGUUUGGGUUUCCUGUAGAUGUCUCAUUGGACGUUUGAUAAGGAAGAAGUCCACAUCGAAGUCGAAGAAUGAAUAGAUAACUUCAUGAUAAACAAGCUGGAGACUGUUGAUAAAAGUGAGACUGUUGAUAAAAGUGAGAUAAAACAGACAGAAAUUUACAGUGGUACAGAAACCAUGGCAUAACAACAGGGAACAAUAUACAGGACUUACAUGAAUAUAUUAGUAGGAAAGUGUUGGAAAUUCAAAUCCUAUAAUAGCUUUAAAAUGUUCAAACUAUUAGCACAAUUAUCUCUGCUGAACUUUCUCUUUGCAUUAAAUAUCCAAUUUAUUGAGGAAUAAUUUUGUGAUCUUUGCAAAUUUCACAUAUGGUGAUUAAAGUGCAUCAUGAAUUAGUUUUACAAUGUUUUUUUUUCCUUUCUGGUAAUUAAUUAUCAUUAGUUUGUAUGUUGCAAUGCCUGUGACUACAAAAUUCACAAAAAACAGGGUUGGAGACAAUUUAUUUUUCUUUUAUAUACAUGAUUACAAAUAAACAUAAGCAACAAUUACAGAAUGAUUAUAUAAAGACAAUAUAAUGGGAGAAUAUUUCAUAAAUCUUAAUUGGCAUUAUUCUGAGAUAUUUACUAAAUUAUUUUCACAGAAUUACUAUGAAACAUGUUUACUUGUGUUAAGCUUCCUUUGCAGUUAAUGACCAGAAUAAAGAAUAAUAACAAUUA